AUGGAUGAUGUCGGUGCGCUGCCUGAGCAGCUUGAAAAGGUUCUGAAAGAUCACCGGAAGGAACUGUUUGAGCGGCUAGAUCUUUGGCUGUCCAGCUGCUAUGACUCACGGCCAGUACCUUCUCCUGCUCGAAAGGGCUUUGACAUUAAAGCUGCCUCCAGUGAGACAUUGAAGAUGAGUUGGGAAUCACCCGACAUGAGCCACAUUGCAUCCAGCGCUCCAACCUCCUCAUUGCAGGAGGAGCUGAGUGAAUACGAGCUCGCGCAGCAAGUGCACACAAAAAUGGUGCGCGACUUCGCGCAUAUGCAGACCGUCAGUGAAGUGGAGGAAUCCAACAACUCCACCUGGUGGGCUCGAUUUUGCAAACGAAUUGAGCACAUUGUUGAUGCGCCGUAUUUUGGUGCUUUCUUCCUCACCAUGGUGGUGAGCAACUCUGUUCUCAUUGGCGUGAGUUUGGAGCUGCAGGCAACGGAUGACGGCUUCUCAGGACAAGACGUUUUGCAGGGAUUCAACACCUUUUACGCAGCAAUUUUCUCAGUGGAGGCGGGCAUGCGAUUGGUGGCAUGUGGCCUUUAUCGGUAUGUCUGGGCGUCCCAAGACUGGGCUUGGAAUUGGCUGGAUGUCUUUGUGGUCAUCUCAUCAUGGCUGGAGUUGAUCCUUGACUUUGUGAGCAGCGCCGAGACAGUGGGUGGAACAAACACAAACCUGCGUGUGUUCCGUUUGCUGCGAGUUGGGCGUCUUGUCCGCGUGGUGCGAGUGGUGCGUGUGGUGAAGUUCUUCCGAUCAUUGAGGACACUUGUGCAAUCCCUGGUGGGCACGCUGAAGGCGUUGGUUUGGUCUAUGGUCUUGUUGGCUAUGAUCAUCUACAUAUUUGCCAUCCUCUUUACUGACACAGUUCUGGGCCAAUUGAAGGAGCACUCGCAGACGCCAGAUGUCUUAGACGGGCGCUUGGAUUUGCUCUUUGGGUCAUUGUAUUUGUCCGUCACUACUUUGUUCAGGUCAAUUUCAAAUGGAAAUUCCUGGGGCGACGCAGGUGAUGCAUUGGAGACUAUUCCCGAGCAAGGCUAUUUCUGGGCACAGGUCCUAAACUUCUACAUAGCUUUCUGCUCGUUUGCCGUACUCAAUGUGAUGACUGGUGUGUUUUGCAACAGUGCCAUCAAAGCCGCAGAACGUGAUCACGAAAUGCAAAUUCUGUCCUUGGUGCAAACUCGAAGAGACCUAAGGGAGCAAGUGGAAUUCCUUUUUCACAAAAUGGACUCACAUGGCCGUGGAAAGGUUACAAUCCAUGAUUUUGAGAAAAACUUCAAUGAUGAAGCUGUGGUUGCUUUCUUUGAAUCCAUGGAAAUCAGCGCGAUGGAUGCUUGGACCUUGUUCGUCACGCUUGAUGUUGAUGGAGAUCACACUGUAGGUGUUGACGAGUUUGUCGAGAGAUGCUUACAGCUGCAUGGUCCCGCAAAGUCCACCGACUUGUUUGCCCUUCGUCAGCAGACCGAGAAGCUCAUCAAACAGGGGCAGGGCCUUGUUGAGGGGCAGAGGCAGAUUGAUCGGCAUGUGGCCUACUUGUCUUGGGCGAUUGGACAUCUAUCUGAAGGCGCUGGAAGCCAAGACCCUCAUCAUUGGAUAUAG